UCGUAUACAAAUCAUAACAACUUUGUUGUGUUGUAAAGAAACACACUUCACGCGAAAAAUUUGAGAAUUUUGCCCACGUUUAUACGGCAAGAAUAGAAGUUGUCCUGCGAAACGAUUAGUUUUAAAUUGCUGCAACUUUGGAGAAAUAUUAGACACUCGGAGAAACGUGAAAUUAUACAACAAAUUACGGUAAUGUGUAGCCAAUGGGAACGAAUCAUCUUUGUCUAAAACUGUUUUUGUUCAUGCAAGCUUGGACUGUACUCAAGCAAGCGAUGGUUGAAAACGUUUAAAUUCUUGUUGCUGUUUUGUAUAUUGCCAAGACAAAGGUUUCCGAGAUAUUGCUUUUAUUGAAAUAACGUAAUACCGAGCAAAUAUGGGCAUGCUUUUUGUACGCUCGCUUGGCUGGUGUCUUGUUAUUUUGUUGAUGUUAUUCGAGGAAAAUAGAAUAGGUAUCGAAGGGUCAGGAUGGACAAAUUGCGACGGGGACGUCGAUGACUGGUUUUUCUGUACGAAGGAAAUAUGUAUAGUCAGAGAUUGGCUUUGCGAUGGCCAAAACGAUUGUGCUAAUGGAAGGGAUGAAGAUGAAACAAUUUGUGAUGGAGAUUUACAGUGCAGAAAUAAUACUGAAUUCUCCUGUGGAAAUCGCUGCAUCCCGAUUGCCUGGCGCUGUGACGGACAAGGAGACUGCAACGACAAUCGAGAUGAAGCAAAUUGCCAUCUUGCAGGUUAUUGCGGAGUAAACGAGUUUGGAUGUUCCGGAAACAACACGGCGCCCUGUAUUCGCAGUGAUUAUGUCUGCGAUGGGGAUAUUGAUUGUUCCAGCGGCAACGAUGAACGCAAUUGCAGUGUCAAGUGUGCAAUGGACAAGUUUCUGUGCGACACUGGUGCGACUUGCAUAUCGAAAUAUUUGCUUUGCGACGGAAAAAGAGAUUGUCGCGAUGGUACAGAUGAAACUGAUUGCUCGAGAAAUGUAACUGCUUCGUGUGGACCUAAUCAAAUUCGCUGUACGCAGACAAACGAGUGUAUUCCAUUAUCGUAUUUGUGCGAUGACGAUCCAGAUUGCGCGGAUGGCUCUGACGAAUCACCGCUCGUAUGUGCUGAACGAUCGUGUGCGAGCGACGAGUGGCGAUGUCUUGGAAGUCAGCAAUGUGUUAAUAUAACUGACGUUUGUAAUGGCGUGGUUGAUUGUCACGAUCAAUCGGACGAAAGACAACAUCUCAAUGUUCAUGGUUCAUCGUGCUUGCACAAUGAAUGCUUAAAUCGAUCUCAUUGUGGAGAAAUGAAAUGUCAACAAACUCCACUUGGCCCACAUUGUUACUGCGAUCCAGGGUACCAACAGGAUGGUAGCAGAAAACGUUGUGUUGAUAUCGAUGAAUGCAAAAACGAUGUUUGUGCCCAGUUUUGCGAGAAUCUUAAUGGAACGUUCAAGUGUGCCUGCUACCAUGGUUACCAUUUGUUUCAUAAAUUUUACUGCAAACCAGAUGAUGGAAUCAAGCCAAUGAUUCUGGUCUCACAGAUUGAUAGGAUUUUCGAAUCCUCCGUGGACGGACGUCAGCAAAAUAUUCUGCACAGAAAUCUAAAACGCGCGGUAGCUCUGGAUUACCAUUAUCAAAAGAGGCUGGUGUUCUUCACUGAUGUUCUGGAGAAAAGAAUUUACAGAACACGUUUGGGACACAGGGAAGUCGAGCCCAUCUUCUCCGCUGGUCUCUAUAUGCCGGACGGAAUUGCAGUUGACUGGAUCGCUGAGAAUAUUUACUUCACCGAGUCACGAGGCAGUAGAAUCGACGUUGUGAACUUAGAGGGGAAAUAUCGACACGUAUUGAUCCACGACAACCUUGGUUCACCCCGAGGUCUUGCCGUAGAUCCUCAGCACCGGUAUCUAUUUUACACAGACUGGGGUUCUAGGCAGCCCAAAAUCGGUCGCUGCAGCAUGGAUGGCCAAGCUUGUGUUAUCCUUAUCGAUAAAAACAUCACGUGGCCAAAUGCCAUCACGCUCGAUUACAUCAAUCAGAAGGUGUAUUGGGCCGAUGCUAGGCUGGACGUUAUUUUUGUCAUAGAUUACAACGGCGCGGGGCGACGCGUUGUAGCCGGGGGGCCAGGGCGAAACCCGCUCCCUCACCCUUUUGCGAUCACCCUCUAUCGCUCCUCCAUCUAUGUCACGGACUGGCAAGAUCAAGAGGUGUACAAAGUUGAUUUGUUAAAUCAAGGCGCAAUUACGAAGAUAAUUAAGCGCAUGCGUCAGCCGAUGGACAUUCAAAUUUUCCAUCCAUCCAGGCAAAACCAUUCACGCAACUUGUGCAAGGGAUACGGCUGCAAUCAUCUGGGCUUACUGUCCGCGGUUUCCCCGAGCGGCUGUCGGUGUGCAUGCGAGGUUGGCACCGAACUUUUGGAGGAUGGAAAAACGUGCGUGCGCUUGGAGGAGUUCGUAAUCGUUGCAAGGAAGACCCAAAUCCGCGGUUACAUUUUCGGGAACGGCACACGGCGAGAUGCCGUGGUCCCUGUGCUGGGCCUACGGAAUGCGGUCGCCGUCGACUACGAUGUUAAAGAGGAGAUGUUGUAUUUCAGCGAUUCCAGUCGCUUGUAUCGGGUGCGAUUUGACGGCGCCGGCAUGCAGUCGUUGGUAAACGAAAGCCUGGGGUAUAUUGACGGGGUCGCCGUUGAUUGGGAAGCGAGAAAUCUGUACUGGACUGAUGGUAGAUUAAAAACUAUAUCUGUAGCGAAACUCGACGGGAAAUACAGACGGACUUUGAUCAAGGAUGAUUUGGGAAGACCAAGGGCUGUUGUGGUCCAUCCUAAGGAAGGGUACUUGUUUUGGACUGAUUGGGGCCACGAACCGAAAAUUGAGAGAGCGGAAAUGGACGGCACCAAUCGUAGGACUAUCGUUGAUGGAGGUGACCUGCACUGGCCGAAUGGCCUGACCAUUGAUUUCACCGCCUCUAAACUGUACUGGAUUGACGCCCGACAUGAUCACAUGAAGAAGGCGAACUUCGACGGUAGCGAAACCGUCACAGUUUUGGAGAAUCUGGUUCAUCCGUUUGGGCUGGAUGUCUACGCCGGUUAUGCAUAUUGGAGUGAUUGGUACGAUAGGACGAUCUAUCGCAUUAAGAUGAGCAACAUGUCUAGUGAAAAUAAGGAGCCGUUAUUGUCUAAUGUUGGGGGCCUUAUGGAGAUUCGCACGUACCGAAGAAACCUUAUCUCAAAUGGAAGCAAUGCUUGUACCAACGCGUCCUGUGCACAGUUGUGUUUGCUGAAGAAAGGUGGUCACAGCUGUGCUUGCAAAGAUGGCUUCGUAGCGACUGAUGAUGGCAAAAGUUGCACGUCUGCGCCUUUAACAACACCGCCAAGUAGACCGACUUGUCCUCCUGAUCGCUUUCAAUGCAAUAACUCGAGAUGCAUUCUCCACGACUGGGUUUGCGAUACUGAUGAUGAUUGCUUGGAUAAUUCGGAUGAGACACACCAAAAGUGCCACGAAUUGACUUGCCGACCUUCACAUAGGAAAUGCAGUAACAAUCGUUGCAUACCCGAGAGUAGGUUUUGUGAUGGCGACGAUGAUUGCGGUGACAAUUACGACGAGCGGAAUUGCAACUGUUCAUCGGAUCAAUUUAAAUGCAAAAAUGGCAACUGCAUUCCCAAUAGCUGGAAAUGUGACGAUGUUGAUGACUGUUCUGAUGGCUCUGAUGAAGUUGGUUGCAAUGCAACUGUAACUUGCGCUGGCUUUACUUGUGCUUCUGAUGGUGCGUGUAUACCUCGGAUAUGGCAAUGCAACGGUCGUAAAGAUUGUCGUGAUAAUUCAGACGAGAAAGACUGCGCGAUGGUCAACUGUUCAUCAAAAGAGUUUCAAUGUAGAGAUGGCGAGUGCAUAGAAUUAGCGUGGAGAUGCGACGAUGAUGAUGAUUGUGACGAUAGGUCUGAUGAAGCAAAUUGUACUUCGCCGACGUUGCCAUCGUCAUGUCCAUCCAGUAUGUUCCAAUGUCACGAGACCCUGCAGUGCAUUGAUCCUGACAUGAGGUGUGAUGGCGAAUGGGAUUGCACUGAUGGUUCGGACGAAUCCCCUUCAGUCUGCAAUACAACUUGCAAAGAUUUGGGGCUUUUCAAUUGCUCAGAUACGCAUUGUAUCAACGAGAGCCUAGUGUGCGAUGGUCGUUACGAUUGCGAGGAUCGUUCAGACGAAGAGUGUUGCGUUGGCAAGUUCAGAUGCGCCAAUCGUAAUUGCAUACUCGGCGCGUGGAAGUGCGAUAGAGAAGACGACUGCGGGGACAAUAGCGAUGAAACGGUCCAGUUAUGUGGGACCUGUGAAUCUGACCAAUUUCUCUGUGUGAAUUCCUCCAUCUGUAUAAGUCGCAGUAAGCUCUGUGAUAGCGUACUUGAUUGCCCAGGGGGGGAGGACGAGGCACCGCGAUGUAUUUACCAACAAUGCGAAACAGAUAACGGAGGAUGUUCGCACAACUGUUCAAACUCACCUCAAGGCCAGGUGUGCAGUUGUCCGGAUUGGUUGCAGUUAGACGUCGACAACCGCACAUGCGUGGAUAAGAACGAGUGCAAGCUGCCGUGGACUUGCAGUCAAUUAUGUCAGAACUUGGGGAAACAUUAUCUUUGUUCUUGCACUCCUGGUUAUCAAGAGAACACGGAAAAAACAUGUAAAGCCAUUUCAGCUGAGGAGGACACGCCAUACAUUCUAUACUCAAAUCGGGUCUCGAUCCGUAAAAUCCCACUGGUCGGCAAAGGAGGACGUGUGAGGUAUUCUGAGGUUGUUUCGGGACUUCGCAAUACAAUCGGGGUAGACUUUGACUGGCAAGAGCGCCGUAUAUACUGGACUGAUGUUUUGACCGACAAGAUUCAACGAGCAAAGUUUGAUGGCAGUCAAGUUGAGACCAUCGUCUCUGGAGGACUAAUUUCUGCUGAAGGUAUCGCUGUCGACUGGAUUGGCCGUAAUCUUUAUUGGUUGGACAUGCGAGCUGAUAAAAUCGAAGUGGCGAAGUUGAAUGGCACCAAACGUAGUGUGUUGAUUAACACUGAUAUUGACUCGCCAAGGGCGAUACAAGUCGAUCCGAUAGCAGGGUUAAUAUUUUGGACAGACUGGGGUAGCAGGUCUCGUAUUGAGAAAGCCUUUAUGGAUGGUACCAAUAGAACAGUGAUCAUCGACACUAAACUCUACUGGCCAAAUGGAAUGACCCUUGACUACCCUACAAAGCGAGUAUAUUGGGUCGACGCACGCUUACAUCACCUCGAAUUCUGCGAUUACAACGGAACGAACCGACACCUGGUUCAGACAGGAACCCUGAACAUCCAGCGACCAUUUUCCAGCAGCUUGUUUGAGGACACGAUCUAUUGGACGGACUGGAUCGGAAAUGCGAUCAGAUACACUCACAAAUAUCCCGGUGGUGUUAUUCGACAACUACACAACACUUCCACUCGUCUUAUGGAUCUGCACGUUGUCCACCCAGCGAAGCAACAACCUGGAGUGAAUCAUUGUGCCAAUCGUCAAUGCUCUCAUAUCUGUGUCUUGAAGCCAGGCGGGAGCUCCUGCUUGUGUCCGAUUGGUAGGAAGAUUGAUCCAGAACAUCCCAACAAAUGCAUAGGCGUUGAUAGCUUCCUGAUAUACAGCCGUCGAUCGGAGAUACGGGCAAUGUCGCUAAAUGACGAUCGUACGGACAGAAUGAUACCGAUCGUGGGUCUUAGAAAUGCUAUUGGUGUUGACUUUGACUUCAGAGAGAAUCGCGUGUACUGGAGUGAUGUCACUGAUAAUUCCAUCUCAAAAAUAUCCAUAGAUGGCACACGAUAUGAAAAGAUCAUUAAGCCACAUUCGGGGCUCUCCUCUCCGGAUGGCAUUGCCGUUGACUGGGUGGCAAAGAAUAUCUACUGGACUGAUAGUGUCGCCAACGUCAUUGCUGUAGCACGUAGCGAUGGUCGAUUUCACAAGACACUGUUGUACAAAGCAGAACACACGCAUCAGCCUCGUGGUAUUGCUUUGUAUCCAAGGAAAGGGCUUUUAUUUUGGACUGACUGGGGACAUAAAACAAUCCAACGAGCCACUUUAGAUGGAAAGAAUAUCAAAACUCUGAUCAACGAGAGCCUCAAUUAUGUCAAUGGUUUGACGAUUGAUUAUAAGAACGAUAAAAUAUAUUGGGUUGACGCUGCUUACGAUAAAAUCGAGUCUUCAAACUUAGACGGAGGUGAUAGGAAUACCGUGAAAGAUGAUGACAUUGAUCAUCCGUUUGGAAUAACAAUAUUUAAAGGAGUCGUCUAUUGGACAGACUGGAUGAAACGUGCUAUAAGUAAGGUCGAUAUUAACAGGAAGAAUUCUUCUGUUGUGAAAUCGGGAUUACCGGGAAUUAUGGACGUGUGUGUCUUUGAUAAGGGAAGACAAACAGGUACAAAUCCUUGUGGUAAAAACAACGGUAACUGCCCUGAAUUGUGUUUCUGGGUUGGAAAUCGUGUGAAUUGUGGCUGUCGCAGUGGCUUCAGAUUCAACAAUCGAACCCGAAAGUGUGAACAAAACCAAGAAUUUUUGUUGUAUGCUUUAUCUAACCAAUUCAUCGGGGUCUCCUUCAAUCCUGACGAUAACGCGACGCAAUUACCUUAUAUAUCCGUGACGGCCACUUGUUAUGCCGUUGACUUUCAUUAUCUUGGAAGUGCCAUCUACUUUACCGAUGAUACGAGGAAUGUGAUUGGUCGUAUAAAUACAGACGGAUCGGGUUUGAAGUAUGUGAUCACCCAUGGAUUGAUGAGACCUCAUGGGAUCGCAGUGGAUUGGGUGGGGGAACAGUUGUAUUGGACUGAUAUGGGCACGAAACUCAUCGAGGUCAGUCGGCUAAAUGGUUCUUACCGCAAGCCUCUGAUCUCGGAUAAUCUGGAGAAACCUCGAGCGAUUGUCUUAUACCCUUCCAAAGGUCUGAUGUUUUGGAGCGACUGGGGCAGAAUACCGAAGAUCGAGAGAGCGUACAUGGAUGGUGGUAAAAGACAUACUCUGUUGUCCAACAGAACUGGUUUGAUUUACUGGCCCAAUGGACUAACGAUAGACUAUGAUACAGAUAUUUUAUAUUGGAUUGAUGGCAGGCUGAAUCUUGUCGGGCGUAUGGGCCUGAAUGGUGAAAAUCCUAGAAUUUUGCUGAAAGGCUCUGAUAAUCGUCGAAUUGGCUACAGUUUAACAGCGUUGGGAGAUUAUAUUUACGCCGCUUUCACUCAAUCGAAGAAUAUCAUUAGAAUAGACAAGAGAAAUAACGCAUCAAGAUUGUUUCAUUCACCGUUAAAUAACAUUCGUGGGGCAACUUCCGUGGUUGCUUACGAGAAGAGCAGGCAGGCUGUUGGUGGGCCUUGCCAUCAGCACAGCUGUGAACAACUGUGCUUACCUCAUAACGACACGUUCAGGUGCGACUGUGGAGUUGGAGAGCUUUCGGCUGAUGGAACACACUGUCACGAACCAUCAGCAUUCCUUGCCUACGCCGUCGCCAAAGAUAUUCGAUUUCUGCACUUCGACGGUGGGCGCCAUAGGGCCCCCUACAGCACCAUAACAAACAACAGUCCUACAGUUGGUCUCGACUUCGAUUACCAAGAACAGCUCAUAUUCUUCUCCGUGUUAACCAAGUCUAUCAUGAGAGUACACUUCAAUGGCACCGGAAUGACAGAAUUGAAGAUAAACAUUCAAGCGGACGGGGUCUCAGUGGAUUGGAGGGCGAAGAAAGUCUAUCUCGCAGACGCGGUGAACGAUAAAAUCCGUAAAAUGAACUACGAUGGAUCUGAGCUGAGCGAUGUCAUUUCAUUUGGAAUGCGCGAGCCCCGGGCUAUAGUGGUAAUGCCGUGUGACGACAUGCUUUACUGGACGGAUUGGGGUGUACACAGCAUCGAGGCUGCUAACAUGAACGGAAUUAAUCGUCGCAAGUUGAUCACAAGCCAUGUGAUUUGGCCAAACGGACUCACCAUCGAUGCAGACGAUAAUAGAAUGUUCUGGGUAGAUGCAAAACUUGACAGAAUCGAAUCGGCAGACCUCGAUGGUUCAAAUCGCCGUGUCAUUCUUGAUAACCUUCCUCAUCCAUUCGCGAUUAGCAUGUUUGGCAGCACAAUCUUCUGGACAGAUUGGAUGUUGAGAAAGGUCACCCGAGCAAACAAACUUAGCGGUGGAAGUCAAAAGCCCCUCACAAGGGAUGGCCUUACUUUCAAACCAAUGGACAUUCACGUCAUCUCACAGUCCAGACAAAACUGUUCCAGAAAACCAUGCUAUAACAACGGCGGCUGCAGCCAUCGUUGCUCAGUUAAACAAAGAACAAAGCAAUGCGAGUGCUGGCCUGGUUAUAAACUUCUGGAUGGAUACUGGUGUGUGAGAGCGAAUAGCAACUGUUCUGCAGACAAAUUUACGUGUGCGAAUGGCAAAUGCAUACCUCGACUGUUCGUUUGCGAUACUGACAACGAUUGCGAUGAUAAUUCGGACGAAAUGGAUAUCGUUUGCGCGAGGCACGUUUGUCGAAGUGACCAGUUCCAGUGCAGCAAUGGUAAAUGUAUCACUAAAAGAUGGCGUUGCGACUAUGAGGACGAUUGCAGUGACAACAGCGACGAAGAAGGUUGCGAACGACAAACCUGCAACGCGGACCAGUUUACAUGCGACAACGGACGAUGCAUCGAUAAGAAGUACCAGUGCGAUUCACACGACGACUGUCGGGAUUUCUCGGACGAGGCCGGAUGUCCGCCCGUGACUUGCCGUGCAGGUCGUAUCUCCUGCAGUAACAACGACAGAUGCAUAAGCCCAAGUUGGAUUUGCGAUGGUCAAGAUGACUGUGGUGAUAAUUCGGAUGAAACGAGGUGUUCCAACAUCACAUGUAGCGAACAGGAGAUAAAGUGUGCCAAUACAGGGCGCUGCAUCCCAAUAGCGUGGCGUUGCGAUGGGGAUAAUGACUGUGGAGAUGGUAGCGAUGAAUCCACUGGGAACUGUUCGAAAACAAGUGAACCUUGCAAAGAAGAGGACUUCACGUGCGAGAAUGGAAAUUGCGUUUCCCGAACGUUCCUUUGUGAUGGCGACAACGAUUGCGGUGACAACAGUGAUGAAACUCAAGCCAACUGCGGUUCUCGGACAUGCGGUGUCCUAGAAUUCAAGUGUUACAAUACGUCACGAUGUAUUCCGAGAACGUACGUUUGCGACGGCGAUAACGAUUGUGGCGAUGCUUCCGACGAACACCCGCGCGAGGGAUGCACCCAUCCAGCCUGUGAUAGUUCAGAGUUCAGAUGUGAUAAUGGGAUAUGUAUUCGCAAUUCGUGGCACUGUGAUUAUGCCAAUGAUUGCGGCGAUAAGUCCGAUGAAAAUGGUUGCGAAUACGCCACCUGCCAACCCCAUCAGUUCACGUGUGGAAACGGACAUUGCAUCUCGGCGGAAUACAAGUGCGACCAUGACAGAGAUUGCGAUGACGGAUCCGAUGAAGUAGGGUGUGGACCAGUGACCACGCCCAAGCCAUGCAGUGAAGAUGAAUUCGAGUGCAUGAACACUACAUAUCGCAACUGCAUCGACCGCAGUCUGGUGUGCAACAAGAUCAGCGAUUGUGAAGAUCAUUCGGACGAGAAGAAUUGCCAUUUGAAUUAUUGCGCAAAGGAAAAACACAACUGUGAUGUCUGCACGAACAAAAAAACCGGCUUCGAAUGUACUUGUCAUUCUGGCAAAAAACUGGUUAACAAAACGAACUGUAUAGACAUCGAUGAAUGUCUUGACCAUGCGAUCAACCGCUGCGAACAGAUAUGUGUUAAUACCAUCGGUAGUUACAAGUGCCAGUGUGGCGAAAAGUACAAACUAGAAAACCAGUAUUCCUGUAAGCCCAUCGACCCCAGCAAUUACCCACAAGGAUAUCUCUUGUUCUCUGAUCGUUACGACAUUCGUAAAAUGUCGUUGGACGGGAAUGAUUAUCACACUCUGGUCUCAGAAUUGAUCAACGUCGUCGCCAUAGAUUACGACUUGAGAGAACGUCGUAUAUUCUGGUCUACAAACUCUCCCAAAGGCAUAAAAUCUGCGGAGAUGGAUGGCUCAGACGUUAAGACGAUCAUCAGGCUAACGCACAGCAGCCCGGACGGCAUGGCAGUGGACUGGGUCGGUCGGAAUCUGUACUUCUGUGAAGCGCAGGAUGGCGCCAUCUUUGUCUCGAGAUUAAAUGGGUUCAUGUUGAAGAAACUCAUCACUGGGCUGAAUGAACCUAGAGGGAUGGCGGUGUAUCCAAAGGGAGGGUACUUGUUUUUCACCGACUGGGGACAGCAUGCUAUUUUCCGAGUGGGUAUGAAUGGACACAAUCUCACCAAGAUUAUUGGGGAGAAAGUCGUCUGGCCUAAUGGUAUAACGAUUGACUACAUUACCAAGGAGCUGUUCUGGGUCGAUGCACGACUGGACGUCAUUGAGUACUCUGAUAUGGACGGGCAGAACCGAAGGAGAGUUUCACAGGGAUUAGUUUCACAUCCGUUCGCAAUCACUGUGUUUGAAGAUAAUGUCUACUGGACAGACUGGCUCACGAAGGCUGUUCAUAAGGCUCAUAAAUGGAGCGGUGAAAAUCAUCAAAUAAUGAAAAACACGACAAGUAAACCCAUGGAUAUUCAGGUUGUUCAUCCAAUAAGACAGACCGCUAUCGUCUCACCAUGUCCAACGAAGAAUCCUUGCCAAGGUCUUUGUCUUCUUACCCCAGGAGGGGGCUACGAAUGCGCAUGCCCAAUGAAUAGUAUCUCACAAGCGGAUGGGAGGUCCUGCCUAUCAAAGUGCGACGGAGAGUUUGCCUGCACCAAAAGUCUCAAAUGUAUUCCCUCGAAUUGGCUGUGUGACGGCGAGGAUGACUGUGGUGAUGGGAGUGACGAAGAAAGUUGCGCCGACAGCAAGUGUCCCCCCGGUCAAUUUAGUUGCGAUAACGGUAACUGCACGUCGAUAUACUACAAAUGUGACGGCGACGAUGAUUGUGGAGACUUCUCAGAUGAACGGGACUGCCCAAGAGUGGUGUGCUCUUUCAACCAUUUCAAAUGCGACAACGAAAAGUGCGUGUCCAUAGCCUGGCUUUGCGAUGGCGUAAACGACUGCGGCGAUGGGAGCGAUGAAAAGAACUGCACCUUGAACAGAAACUGUACCGCUGAUGAGAUGAAAUGUUCCACGAGCAAGUUGUGUCUUCCGUUGUGGGCGAAAUGCAACGGACACCUGGACUGCCACGAUGGCAGCGAUGAAAGUGGUUGUGAAGAUAUUAAGUGUGCCGAAGGGAAAUUCAAAUGCCCUGAAAAGUGUAUCGAAGCAUCAUGGGUUUGCGAUGGUGAUAGGGACUGUGAUAAUGGCUCGGAUGAAAAGUGCAAAGGAUGUCCUUCGGAUAAAUUUACAUGUGCCAACAAGAGAUGUAUCCCGAAGACCUGGCGGUGUGACUAUUCCGAUGAUUGUGGAGAUAAUAGUGAUGAAAGGAACUGCACGUAUUCUGUGUGUAGCUCACCCAAUUUCAGAUGCAAAACAAGCCGGCAGUGUAUCAAGGAGGGCUGGGUCUGCGAUGGUCAUGACGAUUGCGGUGAUAAGUCUGAUGAGGAGAACUGUAAUCGAUGUAAAAAUGAGGAUUUCAAGUGCAAUGAUACGUACUGUAUCCACAAGGAAUGGCGUUGCGAUGGUACACCAGAUUGCAGAGACUUUUCCGACGAGAUAGGUUGCCGUGUCACGUCUGCCAACCGUUGUUCCCCCAGUCAGUAUAAAUGUAAGAACUCGCUGUGUAUCAAUAUCUAUUCCAAAUGCGACGGUAGUAAUGACUGUGGUGACAACUCCGACGAGGAUCCUGUUAUGUGCGCAAAUCACGCGUGCUCUCUCAUCCAGACUCGGUGUAAGGAAGAACCGGUUUGUAUACCAUCUUUCAAAGUUUGUGAUGGCGAAAACGACUGCCUUAAUGGGAGUGAUGAAGCUGGUUGCAAAAAGAAAAGGUCUUGCAACGACACAGAGUUUAAAUGUGCUGAUGGCUUGACUUGUGUUCCUCUCAGUGCGAAGUGUAAUCAAAGACUUGAUUGUCCCGAUAAAUCAGAUGAAACUAAAUGCAGUGGCUCGUGUUCCAGUCCACUACUUGGGGUCUGUCAACAGGAUUGCAAAGAUGUUCACCCGGGCCCAGGCUAUCAUUGCGUCUGUUACCCUGGGUAUGAAAUCUCUCAAGAAGACUCGCAUUACUGCGACGAUAUCAACGAAUGUGCCGUGUUUGGAACAUGCAGUCAAAAAUGUGAUAAUUUCAAAGGAAGUCAUAAAUGUUCCUGCUACGACGGUUACCAGUUGAGCCAUAAAAAAAAUAACAAAACCAGCUGCAGAAUAAAAGGUCCCCCUCCUGAGGUCUACGUUCCCAGUCUCGAAGGCAUCCGAAGAUAUUCCCCGAGCGGUUUUGGUGGGCGUCUCCUUGUCCCCACUGACAGCGUCAUUAAAAGCAUCGACUAUUUUGUCAGGGAUAAUGCGACUUACGUACUUUGGUUAGACGGAAAGAAAAAUACGAUAAACUUGGUGACGAUUAAAGAUACGAAACAACGGAGACGCAGAGAUACAAAAGACUACACAACCUUAAUUGAAGCGUCGGGAAAGCCAAGAUCAUUUGCUGUGGAUUACAUGAGUGGAGAUGUUUUCUGGCUUGAGUCGAGCACAAAUGAACACAGCGUGCGAGUCAAGUCGAUAUUUGGCAAAGCUAGUAGUGCUCAGGACGACAAAAUCAAAAUCAAACUCUAUAACCAACCAACUCAUAUUGUUCUGUAUCCUGAAAAGCGCAAAAUGUUUUGGUGUGAUGUUGGUCUAGUUCCUAAGAUCGAGGUUGCUAACUUAGACGGAACGAAUCGUAAGGUGUUUCAAUCUAAGGUUUCCUGGCCUACUGGACUUGCCAUAGAUACCGUCGCUGACCGCUUGUAUUGGUGCGACAUGAAAGAAAAUACAGUCGAGACCGUAUCAACUGAUGGAACUGACAGACGAGUCGUCCUCACGUCGAAACAACUCAUCAGAGAAUUUUCCGAGCCAUAUUCCAUAGAUGUUUUCGAAGAUUAUCUUUAUAUUGUGACAAAAAGAGGUUUUGCGUUUAAGUGGAGUAAGUUUGGUUAUGGUAAUCCAACAAAGUUGGCGCGCAAUGGUGUACCAGAGGCCAGAAUAAAGGUCUAUCAUAGAGCCAGGCAGACUCAUGUUAAUAAUAAAGGUACUAAAUGUCCGAAUGUUGAUCAAAAAAUGUGUGAAGUUGAUAAUUCGAGUUGUGUUGGUUAUUGUGUUCGUGGAACGUGUCAAAUUAAUGAUGGAAAACCAUCCUGUCAGUGUCCUAAGGGCACAGUGGGCACGAAAUGUCAAUGGUCAUGUGCAGAUCUGAAAUGUGAGAACGAUGGUGUGUGUUAUAUAAACAAGGAACAUUUGAAUUGUCGUUGUCCUGAAGGUACAACAGGCAAGCGGUGCCAACUGACAUGCGCGGAUCAUAAAUGUGUCAAUAAUGGCACGUGUGUGGUUCAUGAAGGCAUACUCCAGUGCAGAUGUCAGGACAACGAAAUCCGUCCCGACUGUCCAGAUAUUCAAGCAAGAUCAGGUGGUGGCACAGACUCAGCUAAACUUCUGGAGAUAGUUGUCCCGUGUGCUUUUGGUCUUUUGGUCAUUAUCGCUAUCGUGUCCCUUCUCUGUUGCAGAUGGCGUGGGAGACCGUCAAGGAAAUUCUCCUCGUUCUACGGUUCCCGCAAAGCGUCGUUUACUUACACUGGAAUGACAGGCGAAGACGAAGAUGACGAUUUUGCUGAGGCCGGCAGCCGACAGUUUGUUAUUAACGAUAACGAAGUUAACUUUGCGAAUCCAGUCUACAACUCGUUGUUCCUGGAGGGUCCGUCAAUUGACGAUUACGCCGAGGUGAACAGACAGCUCAUCUUCGAAGAUGGGGACAAUAAAGUCGAUUUCUCAAAUCCGAUGUACGAUUCGUACUACGGCUCGAACGAAAACCCAGAGAUGGACUUGUUCUUACCGCGAACACAGAGCCACGAUGCUGUGUCCAGCGGCGAUUCCUACGGCAGCCACGACUCUCUGACGACGCGACUUGUGAAGGAUGAGAAAUAAGGUGAUAUUUGUCACAAUUUGUGCUGUCCAAUUCGUUGUGUUUUUACCUUUUAUGCUCUAAAGAGAUCGUUGAAGACACAACGGUACAUUUUAUAUUUUAUUUCCAAUUAAUCGUAAAUAACCCAUGUCCGGGUUAAUAAUUAAUAAUAGUCUAAUAUUGUGGUAAACUAGCUCAAAUUUCGUUGGAUGAGCUUGGUCAGUGCACUAAAAGAUAGCGAACGAGACCGUCUUGUUAGUAAUAUACCUUCGACGUCGUUUUACCAACGGAGUAAUAAUCUCAUAAGCACCUUUGCAUGAGAAUUUUACGAAAUCCUUAUGCUUGUUUCAUUGUUUGUAAAUAUCACUUGUAGGCACAUUUGAACGGCAGACAUGGUUUAUAAUCACCUCUCACGAAUCUGCGUGUACUGCCUUGAUUAAGUAAUAAUUGCACUCAUGUUACAUAACGUACAUAACAUGCUACAUGACGUACACAACAUGUUACAUAACGUACACGCAUGUGCAUUACCCCUAAACAUUUUUUCAUCAAAUAUAUAACACUAACCCACAACAUAGUAUAACUAAUAUAUGUAUGCACGGCAUAUAAAAAUUAUCUAUCUGUAGUUGCGUUGUUAUACAAACUUUUUAAUCGUGCAUAAGAAUGUAGUUUGUAGGUUUUAUUAAACC